AUGAUCGCCGUUGAUUGUAGUUGCCGGCAGUCCUACUUCGUUGCUAGGGUUUGCAGUGGCGAGCCAGAGAAUUUUGGAGAAGACGACUGUUUUGCUUUUCUGCUGGGUUUUUCUUCUUACGGGACAUGUGUUAUUUGGGGGAUUGAGACUUUGUCAACAACCAUAGAAUGGAUAAUGUCAGAAAUGAUGAGAAACCCAAGAGCAAUGGAGAAGGCACAAGCUGAGGUGAGGAAGAAAUAG